UUCCUAAAAUCUUGUCCCCGCAAAAUCCACCUGAAUACUGUUGGAUUCAAGAUUCGCAUCGCCCAUUUCGGCAAUCAGAUCAAAUCUCGAUCCAUAGCUGUUUCUUUCUCGAGUCACGGGAAUCUCCUUAUUCCCAAGACGUUUCGAAAAAAAGAAACGUAUUCCUUCGUCAUCAUCAACUGAAGUCUAUGGAGCAAACCUAACAGUCUUUUCAACCAAAAACCAGAUCGUCAAAUCCCCUGAGAAAACCCUACAAUACCAUCAAAAUCGUAAACUCCUGUUACUUUCGGAGAUUCGCAACCUCCCUGAUUUACUAUAUGGCUUCAAACGGUGCUUCUUCGGUCAGUCAUUCGCUCUCUCUUCCUCAAUACUCACACGCACGCAUGAGUUGUAAUCACACAUAUCCAUGAUCAAUGCAUAUUUUGAUUCAUUUUGGGUGAUCAUGAAGGAACGGGGAGUACUGGACACUACGGAGAACAGCUUGGAGAAGAUCAAACGGCAGUUAGCUUCCGGCUCUGGCCGGAACUUGUUGCAGGGUCCACUUCUCAAGCGAUCAGAAACUCUGAGGAAAUGGAAUGAGCGGUGGGUGAUAUUGGAUCCAACGACGGGGAAAAUGGAAUACAAGACUAGGCGAAAUGAUCCAGCCAUCAAGGGUACAAUUAUAUUUGAUGCUAAUAGCACGAUUACAAUAUCUCCAGUGAACUUUCAUGGACUUCCUAAAUAUGAUGGCUGCUGUUUCUAUAUUGGGACUCCACAGAAAACGGAUUAUUUUCUAUGUGCAGAGACUCCUGGUGCUGCUAGAGCUUGGGUAUCUACGUUACACGCAUCACAGUUGGUUCUGAAGGCUCAUAAAGAGGCUGUGAAUUCGUUGAGUGGCAACGGUUCAGCAAAAUUAGGAACAGUGGCAACAGUUGUUGCUGCUGCCAAUUCAACAGCCUUGGAAUGUUCUAAAGAAAUUGAAGCAGCUAUGCAAAUUUCACUCAGAAAUGCACUAGGAAUGGUUAAGAAUAGGUCAGUUGAUGGUCCAAUGGACGAUUUGGCAAUCAUGAAGGAGACCUUACGUGUUAAGGAUGAAGAACUACAGAAUCUUGCUCGAGACCUUCGUGCACGUGAUUCGACAAUAAGAAACAUAGCAGAUAAGCUAUCUGAGACGGCUGAAGCUGCUGAAGCUGCAGCAGCUGCAGCUCAUACAAUGGAUGAACAAAGGAGAAUAGCAUGUGCAGAAUUUGAGCGUUUAACAAAAGACUUAGAGAAGCAGCUGGAUGCAACCAAGUUGAAGUUGAAAGAGUCUGAAGAAAAGGUUAUGGCACUUUAUAAAGAAAGAGAUCAACUGAUUAAGCAGAGAGACUCUGGUUUUCAUGAGGCACAUUUAUGGCGUUCUGAGCUUGCAAAAGCUAGAGAGCAUGUAGUCAUAUUAGAAGGAGCCGUUGUGAGAGCAGAAGAGAAGGUCAGGGUUGCAGAGGCCGAUGCUGAAGCUAGAAUCAAGGAAGCAGUACAGAAGGAAUCAAAUGCUUUGAAGGAUAAGGAAGAGCUGGUAGCAUGUGUUAGUAUAUUGCAGGCACAGCUUGAAAGGCAGCAGAUUGACACGAAGCAAGUUUUUGAGGAGAAGAUGGAGGCUUCUAACAGUAGCACUUCUCUUCCCAUUACGAAGGAUGUAGAUUUAUCUGAGGAGAACGUGGAUAAAGCUUGUCUUAGUGUUUCUAGGGUGGUUCCGUUGCCCGGGGAGAAUGUUGUUCACAUGGCAGUGAAUCAAGUAAAUGUCCCUCCAAUUGGCGAGGGUGAGUGGAGUGAUAUUCAGGCAACAGACUCAAGGGUAGAAUAUGUAAGAGAAAUACCCCCUGCAAUGGGAGGCAGCUUGGAUAUUCCUGUUGUUAACUCAGCAGCUAAUACGCACCCCGAUCAAGGAGAGAACUCUUUUAAUCAGCCUUGAUUUUGUAUUUCGUUUACAGAUCUACACAAGAACAUUUAGAAUCACAAUUGGAGGUUGAUUGUGUAUGAAUUUUCCCCUGUUCUAUCCUCUUAUAAUUGCUGGAUUGCAAGACUGCAUUGUGUCAAUUAUGAUAUGCGAUGGAGGAUAUCCCUGACUUGUUUCAAGUGUAAGGGCAUAACCACCGAGGUUCUACUCAAAUUGUGUGUAUACAGAGCUUCAUUAUUUGAGUUGUUCUUGAAUUCAUUGUAAUUUCUGACAGUUGUUGUUGGACGUAAACACACACUUGUUCUACAUAUUAGACAUAUGUACAAUGAAUUAUAAUUUCUGAUGAUUCUUGUUGAAGGUGAAAACUUAGUUGUCC